CUUAGAAUUUUGUACAGGCGUUAACGAGGCAACUAUGUUGGGUCCUUACAGCGUCAAUAUUUACGUGAGUAAAGCACAGCGAGGAAGUAAAAGUGUGAAGAUGGGCCGCUCCUCCAAAGACAAACGGGAUAUCUACUACCGUCUUGCCAAGGAGGAGGGCUGGAGGGCCAGGAGCGCCUUCAAACUACUGCAGCUGGAUGAGGAGUUUGGCCUGUUCAAAGGUGUAAAAAGGGCAGUCGACCUCUGUGCUGCCCCAGGCAGCUGGAGCCAGGUCCUGAGCCGUAAACUCAGAGGAAAGGAGGAGAAGAGUGAGGAGGUAAAAAUAGUGGCAGUGGACCUGCAGGCCAUGGCUCCUCUCCCUGGGGUGACACAGAUCCAGGGGGACAUCACUAAGAUCUCCACUGCCCUGGAGAUAAUCAGGCAUUUUGAAGGACAGCCUGCAGACCUGGUAGUGUGUGAUGGAGCCCCAGAUGUGACAGGACUCCAUGAUGUGGAUGAGUACAUCCAAGCUCAGCUCCUAUUGGCUGCCCUAAACAUUACAACACACGUCCUGAAACCUGGAGGAACGUUUGUUGCAAAGAUAUUCCGGGGGAAGGACGUGACCCUCCUGUACUCCCAGCUUAAGAUAUUCUUCAGUAGUGUGACCUGUGCCAAGCCCCGGAGCAGCAGGAACUCGAGCAUAGAGGCAUUUGUGAUGUGUCAGAAUUACUCUCCUCCAGUAGGAUAUGUGCCCAACAUGUCCAAUCCUCUACUGGAUCACUCAUAUGAUGUCGAUUUUAACCAGCUGGAGGGACCAAACAGAAUCAUAGUUCCUUUCUUGGCCUGUGGAGACCUGAGUGCCUUUGACUCGGACCGGACCUACCCUCUCCAGUUGGAUGCCAGCAAGGAAUACAAGUACACGCCCCCCACCCAGCCCCCCAUUCGCCCACCCUACCAGCAGGCCUGUCAACUACGCAAGAACAACCUAUUGGCCAAGGAGGACUCCCCCUCUCUUCCAUUGGAUGAAGCCCUUUCAAAUAUGGACAUUUCAACCAGUCAGGAAGAGUCAUAGUGUGUUCAGUUUAUUAAACGUUUUGCUACGUUGUGUGGCGGUUUGUACUGAAAGACACGUUUACCCACAACGGAGCGCACAGUGCUUCAACGGUCUUUGUGGUAUGUUUGCUCCCAUUUGGUGGGAGGGUUGUGGCCUGAUUUUAAUAUGGUUAUGACCAUUUGUAAUCUCAAAACUUGGGGUUCUCAAAGUAAUGUUUUAUUCACCUCAAACAGCAAGCAAACAAAGUCUGUUUUUACAUCCAUUGAGAAUUACAAUAGUUCCACCAACCCUCCCACCAAAUGGGCUGAAUGUGGCAAUAGUUGGUUAUUUGGUUCAGAAAAGCCUUGAAUGCAUAAAGACUAUAGAUAAUUUUUGCCACAUGUUUUACCAAUCAAUUUCAAUUGUCAUGUUGUACCGUUAUUGUGUUUUUAUUUUGUAUUUUCUGUUUUUACUUCUAAAAUAAAUAACAUUUACUCCAGCA